CACUGACCCCACCUAAUAAUCCAAGAUAGCCCCCCCUACUUUAAGAUACUUCAUUCAGCCACAUCAGUCCCUUUUGCCAUGUAAAGUAACAUUCCCAGGUUGUGGGGGCUAACAUAUGGACAUCUUUCGGGGACCAUUAUUCUGCCUACCUCAGAGAGUGACUAAGCCAUUUUGACUGGAGUGGAGGGCUUCCCAGGAAAUUAAUUAAGUUCAGGUCAAAACCAGAUGAUGGUAACUUUGGAUGCUUGGCCCUCUGGAUUUCAUUCUGUAGAUGAGAGGGAACCAUGUAUUCUGAGAUCUCAGGAAACUGGCCUGUUUAUAAAUUGAUGGUCCAUGAGAGAGGCAUAGAAGAAGCCAUGGCACUUCCUUUUCAAAAAGAGCUGGAGAAAUAUAAGAACAUUGAUGAAGAUGAACUUCUUGGCAAACUCUCAGAAGAGGAACUGAAACAGUUGGAAAAUGUUCUUGAUGACCUAGAUCCUGAGAGCGCUCUGCUGCCCGCUGGUUUCCGACAGAAAGACCAGACUCAGAAGGCAGCCACCGGUCCUUUUGACCGUGAGCACCUCCUGAUGUACCUGGAGAAGGAGGCUUUGGAGCAGAAAGACAGGGAAGACUUUGUGCCCUUCACUGGAGAAAAGAAAGGGAGAGUCUUUAUCCCCAAAGAAAAACCAAUAGAGAGAAAGCCCGUAGAAGAAAAAGUAACCCUCGACCCAGAACUGGAGGAAGCCUUGGCCAGCGCCUCUGACACAGAACUCUACGAUCUUGCAGCUGUUCUUGGAGUACACAAUUUGCUCAAUAACCCAAAGUUUGAUGAAGAAAUGCCCAGUGCAAAAGGCGGCAAAGGACCUAUAAGAAAUGUGGUAAAAGGUGAAAAGGUAAAGCCAAUAUUUGAGGAACCACCUAAUCCCACAAAUGUGGAAGUAAGUCUGCAGCAGAUGAAAGCCAACGAUCCCAGCCUGCAAGAAGUCAACCUCAACAACAUUAAGAAUAUUCCAAUUCCAACCCUGAAGGAAUUCGCAAAGGCUCUGGAGACCAACACUCAUGUAAAGAAGUUCAGUCUGGCUGCAACCCGAAGCAAUGACCCUGUGGCAAUUGCUUUUGCAGAUAUGCUGAAAAUAAACAAGACCUUGAAAAGCCUAAACGUAGAAUCCAAUUUCAUCACUGGAACUGGGAUCCUCGCCCUGGUAGAGGCACUGAGAGAAAAUGACACCUUGACAGAGAUCAAGAUUGACAACCAGUUCGUAAAAAGCGAGUUGAAGGAGACCGAAGGUAAAAAUCUACAUGAAGAGGCAAAAUUUCAUCAUGGCAGCCAUUUAGAAACAAAUAAAAACUCUCCUCCUCCAUCAGGACCAUUUUAUAAAAGGUUGUUGAUUUCCGUUAACCACACAACUAAUAUUAACUAUGUUCUUUUUUUAGCAUUACUUAUUUAUCUUGGAUUUUUUAAUAUAUAUGAUUAUUUUAUUUGUCCAUGGGAACCCAUGGCAACUAACCAGUAGACUUAUGCUGAUCUCAGUGGGCGACAGCAAUCAAAAAUGAUUUAACCACUUUCUUGUUGGGUUGUCUUACUUUCUUAGAUGAACUUUUAACCACUGAAAGGAAUCUUUUACUUAGAUGUGUUUGUAAGUGUGAUUGUGAUAGAGGCCUAUCUCUGUUUACAUGCCCAGCUUUGAGUUAGGCUCAGUAUAUCAGAAGUGUUCUGCUGACUGCAAAAGAAGUUAGCAUGCCAAUAUUUUAGUGGGUGAAAAAAUGUGACCAACUUAUCACAAAUUCUCCCUUAGUUUCAAAAGUAUCACUAAGUGUGCUAGUCCCACUGAUUGAAGAUCAAUGGUGUCAUCUUCAAAAAAGCAAGGCAGCAUUAUACUUCAACCGAGCAUUAGCAAAUAAGUCUAAAAUGUUUAUUAACCCAUGAAUAUAGUUUCAUGCUGGACUCACAGCUAGCAAGAUGAAUCAGCAUACCUACCUUUACUAAUUAUUCAACCUAUUCAAUCUUUAACAUCACUCUGUGGAUAAUUUUUAAAAAACCUGUCUUUAAGUUUUCCAGAUAUGGUGGAAAAUUUUUAAAUUUUGGUACAAGGAGGAAGACUUUUACGACAGUCAUUCCUAAAUAAAACAUCAAAGAAUUGUACCUUCAUCAACAUUGUCUAAUAUACAUGAUUGCAUUUUCUGGGAAAUUUUGAGCAGCAUUUAUUGCUCUAUGCUUAGUGUAACAAGAGCAUAGUCUGAAACAUGAAUACUGACAUUAAUUAUACAAAUUUUUUGUCCACAUGGUAUGAUCCAUCCAGACAUUUGCAAACAUCAGGAAAAAAUGUGAAUUAUCACUUAUUCAGAGAUCUGUCAUCUCAAGGUUAAAGCCUGUGAAAGUAUGCUGAGAUGGUUGCAUGGAGAUAUGCAGUAAUCUUUUCAUCUUGCUGUGUAACAGUGCAAUGCUGAACUAGGGAAACAUGGAGCUGUAGCCUUUGGCUCAAGCUCUAAGUCUUUGAUAACUGUCAGUGCCCCAGGUUGUAACUGGGGUUCUCUUACACCCCCUUCGGCAUCUCUUCUUCCCACCCCCUUCAUUGUUCUCUUCUCUGUCAUUUUGAGUCUUGGUAAUGGUGGCAUCAUGUUCUAGUGACACUUGGAGCUAAAGAGUUUCCUGACUCAGGCAGAAGGUGGACCCAGUCCAGAAUUUGUUUAGUAAUGGAGUCAUUCGUUGUAGUAAAACAAGGUAAUGGAAACGUAAUUUGUACAUUUGUCCAGUUAGCUUGUAAAGCACAUGGAAACUGUUCAGGAUAUAUAGCUUUUUUAAAAUUGGACAUUUACCUGUAUAGUUAAAAGUACCCACAUCUGUAUGCCUAAUAUCCUUCAAAACUGCUUAUUUUCUUGAGGAUAUUUUACAUCUUGAGGAGACUAAUAAACUGAACAUAUUAACAUUUUUGAACCCUAAAAAUCCUUUAAUAUGUUUUCAACUACACAUACUAAAUUUCCUUCCCUCUUACUCAUUUAGCUGUGUGGUAUGUUGGAGCCAAUUUAUAAAGGCUCACUGAUUAUCAAAUUUUCUAGAAUUUAAUAAUGGCUAUUAUUAAACUGGCUAUGAAAUACAGCCAUUAUUAAAAGUGAAGUGACAGUACUUAAAUAAAUUAUAUUAAAAACAAAAGUAAGUCCCCAAAAUACAUUUUACUAUAUUCUUUGUUGAGAUUAUUUACAUCUGUUGUGUCUAAGUAGCAGAAAUACUUUGUAAUGGUGUGCUAUUAUACAACUCUUCCCAUAUCAGAAAUUCCAUACUUCUAGUUGUGGUUUGAAAUUGGCAAUGGUGGAAGUAUUUAUAUAUACCAUGAAAACUAACAAAUGUUAUAAAGCAGGGCUCUCCCCUUUACCUCAAGUUGGUAGUUGAAGAAAUUUCAUCAGCACACCACUGGAUGAAAUGUAUACAAUUUUUUUGGUUUGUUUAGAUAUGUUUUGGUUACCAUGUUGCCAAAGAGAAGAACAUUUCUCUUAGUUGCCUUUAUCCUAUCCCUAGAUUUAUUGCAGAUAAAUUUAAGUACUGAGGCUCUGCCUCCAAGUAAUUAUUUUUUCCUUUCUUUGCAUUCACUCUCUUACCUUUACCCCUAAGAAAUCCAGAAUCCCACUGAGUGUCCCCUGCAGCCCCAAGGUGCUGUGGACUGGGGCCUAAGCAAUUCCUGAGAAGCCUAGCAGAAAGCAAGAAAAAAAUCAGAAUUUGUAGUGACUAUGCUAUAGUUGUUGAUAGUAUUAAAGCAAGAUAAUGGAAUAUUAUAAAACAUAUCAUUGUUUUUAGCUUGUAAAAUAUUUGGGUCAUGAAAUCAGAUAUUUAUUACAAUUAGUUUAUCUUAUCGUUACCAAUGUUUUUAAAGUAGCUUGAAAGGAGACUUUUCCAUGAGUAUUCAUGUAUUUAAAAAAUAGCCAUCAGGUGAUAAGCUUACAUUUUUGAGAACCUAUUGAUCAUUUCAUUAACUUAAGACUACAUUUUACCAUCUGCCCAAAGUCUGUAAGUGGAAGCACUUUCAUAAUCAUGAGCAUUUUUAAUCCCUUACCAUCCAUCAUGGUGGGGCUUCAUGUAUAUAAAAUAUUUUUAUAUGUAUACAUUUUGUCAAAUAGUAUGUUGAGAUGUUUGGCACCAUCUAGAUAUCUAGAGGGAGGUAAUCUCCCCCAAAACCCCCUCCUUUCCCCUUUUAGACUUGUACAGGCCCGUGUUAAGUAUAAAGUCAUUCACCUGGACUUGCAGGCUCCUGUGAACAACACCUACCACAGCAUAUGUGGAAGAUGAUACAUUUUGGAAGUUUAGGAAUCAUGUAAUUAGUCCAGCAUAACAUCGCUCUGUCUGCUUAAAGUAUGUAAUGGAAACUAUUUUAUCCAUAUCAGCAUAAUUAAAUCCCUUCCUUUUCUCUUGUAGAACAUAAUGUUAAUAAAUGGUGUGUGUGUGUUGUGUGUGUUGUGUGUGUGUGUGUCUGUCUGUCUAUAUUUCUGUGUUGCCAAAUAUCUAAGUAGGUAUUUGGCUACAUCUGGACAACUGAUUGAAGGGAGAUGCUCUCUCCCCAGUUCCAUUUCCCUUGUCCUAUUUAGAGUUGCUGUAGGCCCAGGUUAAAGUGAAUCACUCCCUGGAGUUUGCAGCUUAGGUCACCAACCACCAAAUUUCACAGCAUGUAGAAAAGAGAGCUCUUAAGGAGUAUACAUUAGAAGCCUGGAACUCAUUUCAUUAUUCUAGCAUCCAAGCUCUCCAUAUGCCUAAAGUGUGUAAGUGGAUGCUCUUUCAUUUUCAUGGAUAUGAUUACGCCCCUCCCAUCUAUGUAGGGCAUAUUGUAUAUAAAUAUUGUAUAUAAAAAAAUCACCAAAUACUGUAAGGAAGUAUUUGGCUACAUCUGGACAACUGAUUGAAGGGAGAUGCUGUCUCCCAGUCCCUCUUCCCUUCCCCUUCUCAAAGUUGCUGGGGGCCUGGGUUAGACAGGGCAUCGCUAACCCUCAAGGACACCUGCAACUCACCCAUCUUCGACCAUGCAAUUCAUCUUACAAUAAAAGCCCAUCAGCAUUGAAAACUCAGAAAUCAUCCCAAUGCCUAUAUUCCUCGAACAAUUUCCCUAAGGGAAGCCUGGCUCAUGAGACCAAAAAAUAAAAAUAACAACAGCUGCUUCUCUUUCAGAUAGAAAUGUGGCCCCUGGCAGGGUGCCCCAUCAGGGAAACCAGUGUGCUCAGAAUAACUGCCAUGAGAACAUGUCAGAUCCUCACAGUUGCGACCAAGGUUCAACAUCAGCGUGCUUUUUUAAAUGUAAGAUAGCUCUUUAAAAUGUCCGAAAGAGUUUGCAGAUAUUUCCUUUUUUUAUGGCUCAUGUACUUAAGUGUCUUUAGGUACUCUAAAAGAGAUGAGGAGGUAUAAGAUCUCUGGAUUAUUAUAAUGUGAUGUGUGCUGCUGGAUUUGGAGGUAGAGUGCCUUUUUUGCAAGUAGAUACCGUCUUUAGUUCAAGUACUGAUAGCAUCAGCAAAAAUGGGCAGGGAGGUGGUGAGUUGUGAAUAGCAAGUUCUGUGGUGUAUUUCUGGAGCUGAGUUUUAAGUCCUGAUCCUGAAACUGCCUUCUUCCAUGAAUGAUACAAUAAUAGCUAGCUUCACUUUAAUGAGCAAAGAACUAAGAGGAAAUGUUACAGUGCUGUCUUCCAGGAGCAGUUUUCCCUAAUGGCUUCUCAUUUCAAAUACCCUUGCCACUCACCCCCUCCUCAAGGCUCAGUGAUGGAGACACAUGUAAAGGAAAGGUGUGGGAACGCUUGGGAACAUCAAGCUGAGCCAUCUGGAUAAAAAUCACAUGAUCAGGCUCCUAAUAUUACAAACUGGAGAGAAAGAAGCACCCAGAACUUCAAAUGUAUUCAUUGUUUUCUUGCUCCCAACUCCAAAUCAGAUAAGAUUUGUUCUGUGGUUUAGGAGUUUAAUAAAGUGGAGGGGCAGAGUGAAAUGGGGAAGGAAAUUGGAAAUUAAAGGUUUGAUUUGCAUAAGGGCAGACGUAAGCUCGACUGAGUUUACCUCUUCCUUUUCAUCCUCUAACAGCAGUGAUUGAACAUUUAGGAGACAGAUGGAGGAGUUCCAAGAUUUACAUUUAUAACAUGACUUGAGUACUGUUCCAGGAAGACCAGCAGUUAUCCUGCUUUUGUGAUGCAUUGCUGACUUGGGGAAGGUUAAAGGAGACUAGACAUUUCUCUGACACCUUCUGUGGUAGUUAUUCUGAGCACAUUGGCUCUGCUAGUUGGUAUGGUGGAAGAGCACCAUACUACAAAUUUGGAGACUGACUCCUAAUCCCAUCACCAACACUUAGCAGGUAUAUGAUCAUGGGCAAUUCAUUCAAUUGCCUGACAAUUAUAGAAAAUAUAGGGGGAAGAGCACUGGAUUUGGAGUCAAGAAACCUGGACACUUGGCUCCACACUUUCUUAGCUGGGUGACUUUGGGGUCAAGCCUCUUAGUCUCUCAAGCCUAAGGUUCUUCAGCUAUAGAAUGGGAGUAAUAUCUUCACUAACUACCUCACAGAGUUGUGGUGAGAAUAUAAUCAGAUGGUUGUCUAAAAACACUACUAGAAAGGGCUAUACAAUAGUUGGAGAUCAUUUUUACUAUCUAGUCAUUAAUGUUUUUCACUGCCUCUUGAAUUGAUUUUGCUUCUGACCAACAGUUAAAUUACAUCUUCCACAUCUCUUCAUGUAUGGGGAAUUGAAGCAUAGGUAUGGUAUAGAGAACUGGAAUUACUUUAUUUUCAACACAGAGGUGGGGGAGGUUGGUGGGAUGGUGGGUGUUAUACACCAGUCAUGUGUGUGCUACGCACAUACAUUUUCCUGGGUCACUUUGACAAGUACCUUGGGACAUGGUCAGGACUCUUGCAGAGAGACUAAGACUGGACACAAGGGGCACUUCUACCCCCCUCCUUCGCAGCUGUCACCACUGGGAGGGGGAGGAGGUCAGGCUAUGAGGUGAGGUGUGAUUAGAGGCCCAGGAAAGAAGUUUGUCCUUCAGGCUCCAGCAGCUGUGUAACAGGCCUCAGCUUUGUAGUGAUGGGGAGAAAGUAUCACUUACAAGAUCAGUUCUCCUGAUAGCAGCUGCCUCGUAAUCACCAGCAACCUUAGCCUUGGUCAGUAUUAUUUUCUGCUAAGAAAGAUAUUGAAGCUUGAACUUUCACAGUACUUUCAUAAGCACUUGGAGGGAGGGACUGUCACAUCAUUAUUUGUAUCUUCAAUAGCAUCUCGUAAGGUGCCUUGUACAUAGUAGGUGCUCACUAAAUGUUGUCAUCCACCCCCACAAGAAUUAUGCUCCAUUUGCCACCAUGUGAUAUUUUUGGAAAACAGUCCUGAUCUGGAUGUCAGCUGUGUGAGACCUUGGGCACAGGUCCCUUCUCAUUCUGAGACUUUACAGUCCUGUGAUUCAUGUGUUUCCAUCAUCUCUGAUUUGGUAUGUUUCUGUUCAACUCCAUUUCUCUUCAGGAGACUUUGUUCAGGAAAAAAAAAAAAAAAGGUCUGAACAUUCCACAUUCCACAGAGAGACUUAUCUAUUCCUUUUCAGUGGUUUUUACUGUCUUCAGAAUAGGUCUGGAUGAGCCAUUUAAAAAUAUAUAUUUUCUCCUCAAAUAUGGUGGAGGAGAGGAGGAAAUGCAAAAAAAAAAAGAAAAAAGAAACUGAGCACAGUACACACAGCGUGUUUUCAUAGGCUUUUAUUUAAACUUUGUUUGUGUAUGUGUGUGUGUGCACAUGCGUAUUUCUGAGCACAUAUUGACUGGAUGAUAAAGAGCAGCCAAUCAGAAGUGCACUUUGCAAUUUGAGAGAAACUGACCCAGGAUUAAAACUUUCCCAUGGAUUAUCUUAAAUGUGGGCAGAAAGGAAUUGGCCAGGUGGUGACAUGAUAUGGAUAGAAAAUGUGCUGUUUUAGAAAAUUUUAUUUUAGUACCAAAUGUUGCCAGAGACAAUCUUUAGUUAAGGAAGAAAUUACUCUGAACUGAAAUUAUUAUCUCUGACACUUUGGUUUAAAAAAAAAAAACCCACUAUAUUCAUGGAAUAAUAUUUAUAUUUUAAUUAAAACUUCAUCUUAAAAGUUUGUUUCAUCUAUUCAAGGAAAAGAAACAUUUUACAUUGUAUUAAAAAUGUUAAAAUAUUUGCAUGCCACCAAUCUGUAAUAUCUUACAAGUUUGGAUGCCUGUAAUGUGACCUUAUGUGUACCUGUAUUGUUUUGAAGAGAACAAUGGAAAUAGUACUUUGUAAACUAUUUAAACUUAAGUUGGCAACAUUUAUUUGGCUAAGCCUAUUGAAAAAAAUCCAGUUUCAUUUUUCAUUUUGCAACUUUUCAUCAAAGGUAGAUAUUUAUUAUAUUCACUUAGGAAUUAAAGGCAAAUUUGUCUCUUAAAUGUGAACUUGAACAUUGUGUGAGAAAUAAAUGUGUGAUAAAGUGAAAUGUAUGAAGAGUGAAAUACUUUUACCCUUAGUAGUUAAUAUGGGUUCCAUUUGGCACAAAUAGUAGCAUUGUUCGACCCUUUGGGAUUAGCCAGACCUAAUGCUAAGGUAAAUGUAAACUGUUUUAAUUAACCAAGUCAUUCUGCUUUCAAAGAUAUAUUCACUGUGUCUGUAAUGAAAUUUUAAGUAAAUAUGUAGAAAGCAUUAGAAA